AGCAGAGCAGGAAGCGACUGCUACAGAGCGCGUGGGGGGGUGAUGUCAUCAACGACGACAUCAACAGCACUGCGGCUCGGGAAUAUCUUUCUUCACCAUCAUGUAGCUUCGAGACAGAACGAUUGCAGAUAUACACUUCUAUAAUAGCUGGCUAUAAUAGUGUGGCUGUGCAUUGAGCAACGUUUUAAAAUAAAAUAAAAAUCCCAAUUGGAUGAGGAAUCGCAAGCUGGCUAGGCUCACCGCUCCAGGAAAAAUGAAGGAGGUGAAGGGUUGCGGUAUGCGGUCCUCCGUGGGCUUUCUGUCCCAGAGAAGGCUCUUCGGUAACCCGCUGAUGAAGGAAGAAUUUCAGAGACUCCGGUUGGCAGGAUGCACGAGCCUUUACAAGAAAGACAUGCUGGGACAUUUCGGGUGUGUAAACGCCAUAGAGUUUUCCAACAAUGGAGGAGAAUACCUUGUGUCCGGAGGGGAUGACCGCAGGGUGUUACUAUGGAACAUGGAGAGAGCUCUUCAUGCCCGCUCAGCCAAGCCUCUCAAACUGAAGGGAGAACACCUCUCCAACAUCUUCUGUCUGGCAUUCGACAGCACCAACAAGAGGGUGUUUUCUGGGGGCAACGAUGAACAGGUCAUCCUUCAUGAUGUAGAACGAGGCGAGACUCUGAACGUGUUCCUUCACGACGAUGCGGUGUACGGCCUGUCGGUCAGCCCCGUUAACGACAACGUGUUCGCCAGCUCCUCGGACGACGGACGGGUCCUGAUCUGGGACACGCGUGAGCGACCACACGGAGAGCCCUUCUGUCUGGCCAACUACCCAUCAGCCUUCCACAGUGUGAUGUUCAACCCGGCAGAGCCCCGACUACUGGCUACAGCCAACUCCAAGGAAGGGGUGGGGCUGUGGGACAUACGCAAACCUCGCACUUCUCUGCUGCGAUAUGGUGGCAGCAUGUCCCUCCAGAGUGCCAUGUCGGUGCGUUUUAACAGCGCAGGGACCCAGCUCCUGGCCCUGCGUCGCAGGCUACCCCCGGUCCUCUACGAGCUACACUCUCGCCUACCCAGCUUCCAGUUCGACAACCAGGGCUACUUCAACUCCUGUACCAUGAAGAGCUGCUGCUUCGCUGGAGACGAGGAUCAGUACAUCUUGUCUGGAUCAGAUGACUUCAACCUUUACAUGUGGAGAAUCCCCAAGGAUCCUGAAGCAGGAGGCCCGGGUCGUGUGGUCAACGGAGCGUCCAUGGUCCUGAAAGGUCACCGUUCCAUCGUGAACCAAGUCCGGUUUAACCCCAGCACUUAUAUGAUCUGCUCCUCCGGGGUCGAGAAGGUCAUCAAGGCGUGGAGCCCCUACCAGCAGACGGAGAGUCUGGGAGACCUGGAUAGUCUUGUGGAGGAGUCCAGGAGUCUGUACAGCCACGAGGAGUACAUCAACUUGGUCCUGAACAGCGGCAGCGGCCUGAGCCACGACUACGUCUCACAGUCCAUCCAGGAGGAUCCUCGUAUGAUGGCCUUCUUUGACUCUCUGGUUCGUCGGGAGAUCGAGGGCUGGAGUUCGGACUCAGACAGUGACCUGAGUGAGGGGGCCAUCCUGCAGCUCCACGCCAGGGGACGGCGUUCCACACGGGCUGUAGGAGACGGCGCCGGGGUCCUGGUUGGGAGUGGAGUCGCCGCGCCUGUACCGCCCUCUGCUGCUGCUACCGUCGACUCAGACCACUCCUCAUCGUCCUCAUUAGCUGCCCCCGAGGCCUCGGGGGCGGAGCAUACUGAAGGGGUGGAGCCACUGCAGCCGAGGAGGCGUGGCAGCAGAUAUCAGCAGUCUGUGUUCUUAUUGGACCUGGUGGGAGAGGACUCUGACUCCAGUGGAUUCUGGCCAGACCCCAUGCCCCGGCCUCGCUCUCCCAGCCCCCGAGACAACUCCACCCUCUCCAGCCCCACCUCCUCCCCCGCCGGCGCCUCCUCUAGCUCCUCCUCUUCCACCUCCUCCACCAGCUCUGAGGACGAGGAGCAGAGGAGAGCCAGUAGGAGACAACGUACUGCAGCCCGGUGGCGCCGCAUGCAUUUCCCCCGCCUGUCCAGUGGGGGGCGCCCCGAGUCCGCCCAGGCCUUGUACCCCGGGGGGGUCGACUCCUGCUCCUACCCCAAGAUCUCAAUCGACGAGGCCUCAUCCUCCUCCGCGUCCUCCACGGAGCUUCAGCAGGACCAGGACUCGGUUCAGAUCGGACCCCACAGAAGUGGCUCUAAAACGGGGAGACGCACGUCGCACACUCUCCCUGGUUCUAGCCCUGCGGUGUCUCUGGACAGCCAGGACGACCGAGCGGAGCAGGAGGGGCUCCUCAUCGCCUCCCUUCUGUCUCAAGACGCCCUGCAGCAGAGGAACGAGUCCCGGGCAGGAAGGGUUGGGGAGAGGAGGGCUGCUUUAGAGAGGAUGGCCGAGGGCUUAGAUAGUCCUGAAGAGGCCGACGAGUCCGAUCAUAGUCGCUGGAUCCCCCCUAGUUCCAGACACCACAGCCCUGGGCUGAACGGGCUGCAGCACCUUGACAUGACUGAGGUGCCGGUAGGCUGUAGGGGUCGCCUGGCUCCAGACCUAUUUGAAUCCUCAGACUCCGAGGGAGAGAGAGAGACCUUAGAGUUGAAAUCAGCAGGCACUAGGACCCUGGUGGAGGAGGAGGAGGAGGGGGGGUCAUCGUCGUCUCAGAGAGGCUCAUCCCAGGGUGCGCUGAAACGGACUCACCUUGGGUCAAGAGGUCAAGGGUCAGGGGAGGGGUCAGGGGGGUCGGAGACCUCAGAGAAGAAGUUCAAGACAUGAUGAUUGCACCUGAGGUGCCAGGUGAUCAUUUGGUUUAGGACCGGUUACGUCUCAAAUGACACCCUGUUCCCUACGGUGUACUACUUUAGGGCUACAGUAACCCGUAGACAGUAAGCCGUAGACUUUAGGGCUACAGUAACCCGUAGACUUUAGGGCUACAGUAACCCGUAGACAGUAACCCGUAGACAGUAACCCAUAGACUUAGGGCUACAGUAACCCGUAGACUUAGGGCUACAGUAACCCGUAGACAGUAACCCAUAGACUUAGGGCUACAGUAACCCGUAGACUUAGGGCUACAGUAACCCGUAGACAGUAACCCAUAGACUUAGGGCUACAGUAACCCGUAGACUUAGGGCUACAGUAACCCGUAGACUUAGGGCUACAGUAACCCGUAGACUUGGGGCUACAGUAACCCGUAGACUUAGGGCUACAGUAACCCGUAGACUUGAGGGAUUGGGUGUCAUUUCAGAAGCCUGAGACUAAAUUUAGGGUGGCUUUUCUAUGGGUUUUUACAAUCCAGUUUCUUGGUUUGUCGUUACUCUAAAAAGGGUGUCGCAAUUUUGAGAGAUUGGGCGAGGUGGUUUUGCGUGGACCGGGUGGGCGGAGUUAGCACAUUUUUAGACCAUUCCAUUGGUCCUUAAGUGAAAUCUUAACCACCGCCCAUUGGGACACGUGUUCUUUUGUGAGCAAAUCACAGUGAGGUCAUCACUUCUGUGGUCAAACCACAAAGAUGCCAUAAUUUACUAACAUAUAAUCAUAUUGACAGUAAUGCUAUUGUUAAUUAUUUUGCUAGUAAUUUAGUCUUAAGGCAGAAUUUUUUUUUUUUAUGUUCAUGUUUUGAAACAAAUACAGAGUUUUAAUUUUAAGAGAAUAUUCAUGAGGGGGGGGGGCUGAAAUUCAGGACUAAAGCUUUGACUGCGGAUUUGAUUUCAAUUGGAGUUAAAAACGAGACUAGAUUCAUUUAGAUUUUCCAGUGCUUAGCUUGGUGAAGUUUACGCGUUUCCAUGGCAAUCGGGUGGAGCCAGCCCAACCAGCAGUUUGAGUUGUGCAUUAAAGAAGGUAUGAUUUAUUAUGAUUUCAGUGUUAAAAAGGAAUCGAUUGCUCUCGUCUCCUCUCCUUCCUGACCCAAAACCCUCUGUUACCAAGCAGCGGCAAGUGUCUUGUUGUUGUUGCUUUCUUCAAUUAAAGAAUCAUUCAUUUAUCAAUGA